GUCGUGGAGCUUUGCUUCGCUUACUUUACAUCCAAGUUUUUUUCAUAUUCACAGUCUGUCCGCAUCAGCGCGCGGGUUGUUUAUCUUCCACCGCAGCGCAGUAUAAAAGUUAAAGGUGUGGGGCGAGAGGGAUGAGCGCUGUUUGUGACGAUUGCUUCGGUGAACGUCGACGGCUUGCUUUACGGCAAACAAGCUUCGCGCUUCAGGUGAAACUUUCGCCAUGCGGCGGUGGCAAAACGGCACAAGUGAAAAUACUCAAUAAUACUCAAAAAUACUCGCCGUUUGAUCGCGUUUCCGACACAAAACACUAACUACCAGCAACUACAGUCGGCCGGGGUCCUUAUUUGACCUUAUUAAUGCUAAGUUAAAGCUAAUCAGAAAUGGAUAAUAAAGAGCCAUCGGGACCGAGAAGCUCAGGAGGCCUCGGUCUGUUUGGAUCUGCUGGCCCUCACUAUUCAAAGACCGAGCUCUCUGGAGUGCCCUUGACCGGCAUGAGUCCUCUCUCUCCAUACCUCAACGUGGACCCCAGGUAUCUCAUACAGGAUUCGGACGAGUUCAUUUUACCCACUGGAGCAAACAAAACUAGAGGACGCUUUGAGCUGGCCUUUUUUACUAUUGGCGGAUGUUGUAUCACAGGUGCUGUUUUCGGGGCUGUAAAUGGACUCCGAAUGAGCCUGUCUGAAACCAGAAACAUGGCUUGGUCCAAGCCUCGCAAUGUACAGAUCUUAAAUAUGGUGACCCGCCAAGGUGCCACAUGGGCGAACACAUUGGGUUCAUUAGCUCUUCUGUACAGUGCGUUUGGGGUGAUCAUAGAGAAAGCCCGCGGGGCUGAGGAUGACCUCAACACGAUUGCUGCAGGAACCCUGACCGGCGUCCUCUACAAAUCCCCAGGAGGUUUGCGGGGAGCGGCUCGGGGCGGUUUGGUUGGCCUGACGCUUUCUGGACUCUAUGCUCUCUACAAUAACUGGGACCGUCUGAAGGGAAGUUCUCCUACACGCUACUGACUGAGUCUGUCAAAACACACACUUCAUCCACUAAUUGCUCGUUUUUGUUAAAUACCAAACAGCGUAGUUUCUUUCUAAAUUCACUGUCCAUUAACUUAAGAUAAACUGCACUUUGAGGCUUCAGAUUCUUUAGUCUCCUAAAAAUAUAUAUAGUUUUGAUACUUGAUGAGGAAUGUUUGAAACUGUUUUAGACAAGUUAACCUUAACUAUUUGAUAGUGUACAGGAAACUGAUAGAUUAACAGAUGUGUGUAUAUUAGUACUAUCAAUUGAUUAAUCACAUCCAAAUAAUAUUUAAUGUAUAUAUCAAUACGAAUGCAUGUAUAUUUAAGAAAAAAAAAUCUAAAUAUGAAUAUACCUGUAAAUAUUUUCUAAAUAUAAAUACUGUUUGUAUGUGCAUUUAUAUACAGCCUAUAUAUUACAUGUUUGUUUUGGAUGUGAUUAGUGACAGUGCUAGUGUAUAUUUAACUGAUAACUGCUGAAAUAGUGCAGCCAUCUUUGCUUGUUUUCGAUGUUUAUAAUAUUCAGGCGUCAUGCGAAACUGCAGUCUGUAACGCAGUUUAAAACGUGUGAAUGAAACUUUGCAGUAGACACAGAUGAGUGUUUACUUAUUCCUUGCUAUAUCACUCGCUAAUUAUGAAUGUAUGAAAUGGUGCUUUGAACUGUGUUAACAGACGCCAGAAUGUAUGUGUAACUAGAACUAAAUGUUUAUUACGUUAAUAAAUCUGUAAAAAUCGGUCGAGGAAAUAAGGUUUAGAUGACGUUAAAUGGCAUUUUUAAGGAAACAGACACUCAAAAUCAGUGACUUGUGUAUUUUUAUUUAUUCGGUUGACAGGAUCAAAGCAUUAGAGAUCAUGUAAGCAAUUAACCUACAUGUGUACGUGUGCAAUACUGCAGUCCAACACUGGCACAUGCUGACAGAAAAAAAAUAAAAGGUUUCUGCACUGUUAA